GGCCUCCGCUGCAGCACUGCACGCGUUCCUGCUCCUUGUGUUCCUCUCUCCUCUCCUCUCCUCCGCGUAGGGGGUAGAGUAGGGGAAUCCGCGCCGCCUCCUGCUCCUGGCCGCCGUGAAUGCUAUGGCCGGCGGCGAGGACGGGGCCGACGGCGUCGGAGAUGACACCGAGCUUCGCAGGUUCUCAGACGUGGAGCUGCUGGAGAAGUCGCGGCGCAUUCAGGGGGAGCUCAGUGGGGGUAUCGAGCGAAGGCUCAAGGACCGCGGGGCCAAGUUUCGCCGCUUGCUAGACGCCAUCGUCCGCGAGAUUGAUCGCCGUAAGGCAGCAACGGAUGAUGACAGAUGCGCAAGGGUAGUUCAAUCGGGAUGUGCAGAAUCAUCAGUUAAACAACAAGCAGUAACCAUAUCAGAUUUUCGGUCCUCCUUUGGGAUAGAUGAAGAGGCAGGCGUUGAUGUAUCUCAUUUGGAAACAAGUGCAUGCAUUGGCGACCCAAAAACUUCAACAGAUAAUGAGGGGAUCUUGUGUGAAGAGGAAGAUUCCUGUAAGUGUAAACCCUCUACGUCUCAAAAGGCAUCAUAUGUUGAUAGGUCAACUUAUAUGGAAAAUAUAGAUGCUGCUGAUGAUGGCAAGGAUAAUGGCUACAGUAGGAUAUGCAAAGAUGCCCACACUUCUAGGAAAAGGAAUGGAGAAUUUUCACCUACCUUUUCAAUGCGAUUGCGAUCAAGAAAGGUGGUUGAAGAGGUGGUUCUACUCGAUGGAGAUACUUGCAUUUCAGACUCUGCAGAAAAAACAUCCUCUGCAUGUGAUGCAAUGAAGAUACACUAUCCUUCAUGGGACACCCCUAAUUCUAUUGAGCUUUCUUAUUCUGACAUGAAGUGUCUUGAGCCUGAAUCAUUGUUGUCCUCACCUAUACUGAACUUCUACAUUAUGUACCUAAUGGGACAAAUGCCAUCGACAAGUAGGCUUGGAGGCAAGUAUCAUAUUUUCAAUACAUACUUCUUCAGCAAACUUGAAGCCUUGACAUCAAAGGUGGACAAUGAUGCUUAUUUCUUGAAUCUGAGAAGAUGGUGGAAAGGUGUAGAUAUAUUUAAAAAGGCAUACAUAAUAAUUCCUGUGCAUGCAGACGCACACUGGAGCUUGGUCAUUAUAUGUAUGCCUGCAAAGGAAGACCAAUCAGGGCCCACCAUAUUUCAUUUGGAUUCACUGAAGUUUCAUAGCAGCAGAUUUAUUUUCAGCACCGUUGAGAGAUUCCUUAAAGAAGAAUGGAACUACCUGAAUAAAACUGGUUCUUUAGAAGAUUGUCAUCUACAUGAAUCAGUGUGGAAGAACCUUCCUCGGAAAAUUAAGAAGAAAGCAGUUACAGUUCCACAGCAGGACAAUGAAUACGAUUGUGGUGUCUUUGUUCUGUACUAUAUGCGACGCUUUAUCGAGGAAGCACCUGAAAGGCUUAACAACAAGGACUCAUCUAAUAUGUUUGGCGAAGGGUGGUUCCAACGUGAAGAGGCUUCUGCACUGCGAAAGGAAAUGCAAGCUCUGCUUCUUCGGUUGUUUGAGGAAGCUAAAGACAACAACCACAUGAGAGAUCCAACAACACCAGUGUCAGCAACAGCGGAGCACCCUGUUGAAGUCUUGUCAACCGAGCCAGCAGUACCAGACCACCCUCGGAAUGCGGUUGGCGUCGCCACCUCAUAGUUUGCAGGCGGCUGCCAUGGGAGCUGGCCUUGGAAUGUGGAAGGUUGGUGUGCAUCCGGAAAACAUAGCUCUCAAUUGUCUUCUCCGGUUAUGCCACAAGAGAAGGAAACUUGGAAGGUACUGUACUGGGUACUAUGGUAGGUAGGUCUGCAAAGAUGCGAUACUGCCGUGUAUAGUUUAGGUAGAAAGCCGGGUUAUCCGCUGGGCUCUUGGGGAUAAUUUUGGUUCUUGGUUAGUUCUUAGGCUGGGCUACAAGAGAAUGGUCGAAUUUGACAAACUGCUCCUACAAGCUCUGAGCUGCCAAGUUGACAGCUGCAGGAUCUGCUUGUAAACCCAUGAGGAAGGGGAGAAUCAUCAGAAUAGCUCUCACCUGCCUGCCCAAAUUUCUGCUUGUAAAGCAUUCUGAAUUGAAGUUCUGAUGGGUAUAGCCGUCGGUGGAGUGGAGGCACAACUUUUGGAGUUGGAUACUGUCAUCGCUCUUAAAACCAUGCUUUUGGGGACACUUGUACAUUUGGUGCUAGUAAAAGUCAGGCGGCAUCACGGAGUUCA